UACAAAGAUGGCGGACCGUCCACGAGAUUUGAAGCGCGUCUAACGGACGCCGGAGUUCCAUCACGACUCUUUCGUUUUUACAGUCCAAACUGUUUCGUGGGAAAUAUUUAGCCCAGUAAUCAUUGCUCGGUCGUCGAUAAAUAAAAGUCCGAUCGUUAGGUUUCGCGCUUUAGCCUGGGAAUAGAAGAAAAUGAGCGAUGGUAGAGUGGAACCAGCUGAUUGCUUUCGGAACUGCUCGCGGCCGCCAUGGCCGAUUAUGCCUAUCUUCUGUGUUGCGUGUUCUCUACCUAAUAGUCUAAUGGUGUGUACGGCCGUCAUUUCGGUAUUAUCGGUAAUGUCGAGAAAGGGAUCGUAGGAAUUACCUGGAAUUAUCGAAAGCUACACGCCGAGAGGGAAACCGUCCAACCGAUCUUUUGGCGACGCCACGAAGUGAGGUUAUAAAAUUUCGUUAGGCGAAAUUGAGGACGCGGUCAACGCGAACCCGUAAUGGCUUAACCCUGGGAGGUUCCUGGUUACUUUCCAUAUUUAUUGUUUAUCGCAGAGCUUGCGUCGAGGCUUCGUUGCCAGCCAGGGCUGUGGUUGCUGGUCGACUGGACGUUGGACGGAGUGUUUAUCUUUCCAUCUCCGGUUCACUGGAAUGCAAACUGCGUUGGACUGUCGGUAGGCUGAAGCGAUCGAGAGAUGAGGCUUUUAGGUUAAGCAACUGCAUCUUCGCAACACUCGGAAAGGAUUGACCAUGAUACAAUAAUUAAUAGACGUAACCAUGGAGGAAUACGACGCAUCGAGGAUAAAAGAAGACGCGACAAUGUCUGGCGAAGCGAUGCACGUGGCGAUCACCGAAGUGGUGAUAGAAGAGCCCGUGGAGAACCACUGCGUGAUAGAGAACAUGCAGUCGGACUCCGAAUGUACUGUGGCAAUGGUAAUCCCCAGCGAAGCCAGCGAGACCCCGUCGAACCACGAGCUGCUGAUGACAGUGCCUGUAGAAUAUUCCCAUCUAGCAGAAGAGCAGUUCACUGCCAACGUGGAGUUGAAAAGUGACUCAGACCAUGGAAUUAAAAGCAAGGCUGUAGAAAUCUUGUCGACUGACUAUACGGAGGAAGUUAUAGAAGUGGAAACGGUGCUCGACAAGUGCAACACUGAGCACGUAGAUGUAGACCCUUCGCAAAGUGUGGUAGGCAUAGAAGAAGCAAAAUACAAAGACAAAGCCCCGGUCAGCCAGGAUGUGUUCGACGAGCAGCCACCCUUCGUGUCGAAUAUAGAGAUAGUGGAAAUGAAAUUGGAGGAUGACAUUCCAAUGGAACUUGGACACUCUACGGAGUCUUCGGAGUUUGCAGUGACGGAGCAGGGAAAGAACGAAGAAAAUCAUCAGAUGGAUGUCAAGGAGUUAAAGAAUGGUGACAACGAAGCGACGGAAGCUGUGAAUAAGGUUAUUCUUUUAGAGAAGAAUACGAUGGAGGAAGAUAAUGUGGAGAAGGUGGAGCACACGAUCCUGGCCAGCAGCGUCUUCGGCAGGGAAACGGCUCCCCUGGGGGAGAUCGAAACAUCUACGAAGGGAGAUUUGCAUGGGCCGUUCAUCGUCAACAAAGUGAAUAUAGUUCUGGCUUCUUGUGACGGGGAGAAGGAAACGUUUGUCAGUGAGAAGUUUAUCGAUGGGCCGACGGAGAGAAUGUCCGAGUUGGACAUCGAUUACAAGGGCAGCACCGACAGCAACAAGGUCGAUGUCCCCACGAGCAUCGUCUUCCACCAGGAGUCUCCGAGCAACGUAGUGAACAGUGACCUGGCUUCCAUGCCGAAGCUGGAUGCCUUGUCGGAGAGCAGUGCGAAGCCAUGUAAGGGUAAGGAGGCUAUGCAGUCUCAAGGUGAACCUUCUCCAGGGAAUGGAGAGGCAGGGGAUCCUGAGAAUCUCCCAGAAGCUGCGACCCCAGGUAUACCAGAGAAGGUAGACCCAGGUGCGAACACCCUGGAGGGGGUCAGGAACGACCAGCGGAGGAGCGUCAUCCAGGACAUCUUCGAUGACUGGAGGGACGAGAACCCCGAGGAGGAGGGUCAGGUAGCCUCGAAGUCCCAGGACUCCGUCGAGAUCCAGCUGAAGAGCCUCCUGGACGAGGACUCGGUCAGCCAGAAAACCAAAGAGCUCAGGUCGGCGGACCCUGAGGAGAGCACCCAGACGAAGGGCAACCAGGAGGCAACUCCCGGGAAAGACCCUGAGGGGGAGACGGGGAAUUCUUCGAGGAAGGUGGAGCCUUCCGGGAAGGAGCCUGCGUCCAGGUCCACGACCAACCUGGGGAGGCACCCGAAGAGUCUGUCGAACGAGGUGGACCCGAAGAAAAGAACCCCAGCCCCAAAGCCCUUCCCCGGGCAGGUCACCCAGGAGGUGACCGCCGCCCUGAAGGAGCGGUUCCGGGAGAAGCAGAAGAACCUGGAGGUGCCCCAGGUUCCGGACAUCUUCUUCGUGAAGAAGAUCACCCAGAGGCUGUCCAGCAAGCUGUCCUCGUCGACGAGUUCUUUACCUUCGCUGAUCCCGCUGACGAAGGGGCCGCGCCCUGGGGAUGACGUCGAAGCGAGUACUGGAAGCGUGGAUAACAAGGAACUUCUGGCCAUCCUCGAGGGCGAUGUCGACCCGGACUGGUCGAACCUGAAGUCGCCGGCUCCGGAGGAGAGGAAGAGCCCCAAGAGUCAGGACGACCAGGCGAAGCUGGACCCGGCCACGGAACGGGAACUCGCCCUGAAGCAGCUCUUGCAGCUGCCGAGUUGCACCUUCAGGAAGGGUAGCCCUAAGAAGAAGAAGAAGCCCUCGAAGAGUGAGGAGCCGGAGAAGCUGGUGGAGAAGGUCGUCGAGAGCUCGGAGAAGAGGAACUCCGAGGAGGUGGACAAGCAGGUCGCUCAGGUCGACGAGGUCGCUCAGGAGGAGGAGGAGGAUCUUGAGGCGAAGACUCGCAAGGACGAGGAAGAACCCAAGACGUACAUCUCCAGGUCCAGCAGGAAGCGCAGGCUCACGGAGAAGGCUUUGGAACAGUUCGCGGUGAAGAGGCAGAAGGUCGUACACAGGAGUCCAACUCACAAAAGCGCGGAAGUUGGGAAAAAGGCCACCCAGGAGCAGAGCUCGAGUCCGGCUCGAGUCGAGGUCGCCUCGACGGGGAAGGCGUCGCUCCAGGACGUGGAGGACUCGUCGACGAGUUCGAAGAAGUCGACCGGGAAGCAGGAGGUCCCCGCGAAGGAGGACUCGGCCAACGGUAAGCGACCGAAGCCCUCCUCGUCGAAGAAGCAGUCCCCACCGAAGAAGAAACCUCCCCCGAAGAAGCCACCCGAGUCUACGAAGAUCUCGAAGAAGUCCUCGAAGUCGUCUUCGAAAUCCCCCAAGAGGUCCUCCGAGGGGACAGAGGCAAAGCCGCCGAAGAAGAGGCUGCCCAUCAACGAGAUCGACCGACUCCUGCAGGACGAGGGAGUGGUGAACCUCCUCUACGAGGUCGAGCAGCCCGACAAGAAGCGGCUGGUCCCGGUCGCGAAGACGCAGGCCAAGGUCAUGGACAUGCAGAAGGUCCAGAGGGAGCUAAAGAUCCGCACGAAGCUGGUGAGGAACGCCGUCCUGAGGCUGCGCACUUCGGGGUCGGGCCCGUCGAAGGCGACCCCGCGGUCCAAGAGGUCGACCUCGAGCUUCUCCCUCGAGUCCCCGGGGAAGAGGGAGGACUUCGUCGUCCCGGCCAGGAUCAGGAACGCGGCGGAGGCCUCGGUGAUCGUCCGGAGGCAUUCCUCGAGCUCGUUCUCCAGCGCGUCUGGCAGCCCCAGGGUCAGCGUCGAGUCCAAGGAUCCUCUGCGACAGGCCAAGGACUACCAGGAGAAGAUGGCCGAGGCACAGAGUACCGAGGCGACCGGCCACAGUCUAAGGAGCCUUCAGGCCUCGAAGAAGAGAGCCGUCCAGGACGAGGUCGCCCGACAGGCGUCCUCGAAGAAGAAGAAGCCGCGUCCCCAUGGCAACGAGGACGCGGCCGAGGCUCCGCCCCCCGUUGCCAUGGCGACGCGGUCCAAUAGGAAGCCGGCUGCGCGCGCAGGCGAGCGACCACGUGACGAUGUGAUCGAGCUGAGCAGUAGCAGCGAGGACGAGGCCGAGGACAAGAGCAAGAUCGUCACCCGCAGCAACGGCGCCGCCAGGAAGACCGCGAAGAAGGCCACGAGGAGCAAGGUCACCUUCGCCAAAGAGGAGGACGAGGUCGAGGAUAAGGACGAUAAGGACGAACUCUCGGCGUGCCUCGCAGAGGCCGCCACUGCGCUCUCCGACGUCAGCGCCGGAGGCAGGGCUACUGUUAACCAUAAGAAUAAGGGCAGUGUAAAUAUCAACGAGGUGCAGGAAGCUGAGGAGGUGCAAGUUAAGUCCGGAGCGGAGAGUCAGUUUAGUAACAAGGAGGUCAACGUUCGACGGCACGGCAACCUGGUCCAGUUGAUCCUGACCCCGUCCACGUCGAGUAAACUCAGGAACGGAAUCACGGUCCAGGUUAUGAAGGAGCUGUGCGACACCCUCUCGAUACUCAGGAACGAUGACGCAUGUCGGAUAGUGCUGUUGACGUCGACCGGGUCCAGCUUCUGCGAGGGCCUCGAAUUGUCAGGUCUUCUGCAGGCGAACAAGGAGGAACGCCGAAUUCGCGCCCAGGAUAUGGCCAAUAGCGUCAAGGAGUUCAUCAAGAAUUUGGCAGCGUUCAAUAAGCCAAUAGUCGCGGGGGUCCAGGGUGCGGCUGUUGGACUCGGCGUGACGAUUCUGCCUUUGUUCGACCUGGUGAUAGCCAGUGAUAAGGCGACCUUCAGUACGCCGUAUGGGAAACUGGGACAGAUCGCCGAAGGCGCCGCCAUUUUCACCCUUUCCCACAUCCUAGGGAACGCCGUGGCAAGCGAGUUGCUGCUGGGCGGGAGAACGUUAACGGCUAACGAGGCGUUAAGAGCGGGACUCGUUACGAGGGUUUUAUGGCCCGAUCGGUUUCAGCUGGAAUUGCUGCCUUCUUUGCGAUCCAUGAGCGAUCAAUCCUCACAGUCCAUGGAAGCGACGAAGGCUCUUCUUCGUCAGAAUCUCCGCAAGAAGCUGGACGCGGCUUUGGAGUCGGAGAGUUACAUUUUAGUGCAGCACUGGUGCUCGACGGAGUGCCAGGCGGCGAUAAAAGCCUACAUCGAGGAGAGGAUCUAAAGCGGAUUUUAGAAGGGAGAGGGAAGAUAACGAGGUCGAGAUAUACCCUGACGAAUUUUUUCCGUGAGAAGGAGAGGCAGUACUGGCGCUCCAUGGUAGAGACCUACCUUGAGGAAGGGAUCUAGGUCGAGUUCUUCCAUGAAGAACAUGAAGAGAUUAAAAGGCAGGUCUGGUCUGAGAUGAAGUGCCAGUCGAACGUGGAAAUGUUGAAGAGGGAGCACUUUGUCGGCGUCGUCAUCCUGUACGCCUUGAAUAAUGCACUUGGUGCAAAACUCAACCGAGCAUCAUGGUCUCUUUCGCCGAACCAACUCUUACAUCUUGUUUUGCAGAGUUUUAGGAGAAGAAAAGGCAGGUCAGGUUUAAGAUGAAGUGGCAGUCGGACGUGGAGAUGUUGAAGAGGGAGUUGAAUUUGCAUGAGAGGGUUCCAAUGUUGAGUUUUAUCUUGAACAGUGAUAUGAGAAGGAAAACAGUACUGGUGUUCGAUGAAGUACCAAUAAGAUGUGGUAAUGAUGUCGAAGAGGGAUUUGAAUUUGCAUGAGAGGAUUACAAUAUCGAAGUCUACCCUGAAGAUUGUUAUGAGAAUGAAAAACAAUACUGGUGUUCGAUGAAGAGUGUUACGGGAAGGAAAAACAGUACUGGUGUUCGAUGAAGAGUGUUACGAGAAGGGAAAACAGUACUGGUGUUCGAUGAAGUACCAAUAAGACGUGGUAAAGAUGUCGAAGAGGGAUUUGAAUUUGCAUGAGAGGAUUCCAAUGUCGAUGUCUACCCUGAAGAGUGUUACGAGAAGGAAAAACAGUACUGGUGUUCGAUGAAGAGUAUUACGAGAAGGGAAAACAGUACUGGUGUUCGAUGAAGUACCAUUAAAACGUGGUAAAGAUGUUGAAGAGGGAUUUAAAUUUGCAUGAGAGGAUUCCAAUGUCGAUGUCUACCCUGAAGAGUGUUACGAGAGGAUAAAAUAGUACUGUUGUUCGAUGAAGUACCAAUAAGACGUGGGAAGGAUGUCAAAGAAGAAGUUUAAUGAAUUUGUAAGCGAGGAUUCCAAUGUCGAAUUCUACAUAUUCACAUUGUAAAGUUUGAAACGAUUUAGUACACUCAGUUAAGAGAAAAGUUAGAAAAGGGAGACUUCUUUGACGCUACAUUCACAUCCCCUUAAUGGCUAAAUACAUUUUUUAAUCUUCCUUGCGCGUUAUCAUAGUUAUAUCAUUCUAUAGAACGUCGGGAAUCCUCGGAGUAAGAAGUUCUCGUUGUAAAUUAUAAUACGUAGGUCUGACUCUUCGGAUUCUUGAAAUCCUUAUAGCAUUGUCUUCGCCAGGAUCGAUUGCUUCGAUCAGAUCAUGCGAAAAUAAUUCAAGGGCUAUUGUGCGACCUGUAAAUAAUGUUGAACCUAUCAACCUAGUGUUGGACCUUUCAAUUAUCAUUUGGAGGAGGUCGACGGGGGUGUGAUAAUAAAAAUGUCGAAAUUUAUAUUUUUUAACGAUCAUCCUAGUGUGUACACGACGGCACUCCGAUUAUUUAAAGGUACAAAAUAACUUUUAUCGUCUAAUCGCUCGCGUAUGUUUGAAUAUACCAUUUGAAAGUCUGAUAUGGAAUAAAUAUACGUUCAUUAGGUUAUGUGUUCGAUUAAUAUAUCGAGGUGUAGUUUAAUUAAGGAGAAAGAAAUAUAUGCAUGCUUAUGUGGCACGUUUAUAUUGUACAUAUAUGUAUAUUAUAUAUCUACUUAGAUUUUACAUAGGUGGCGAAGAAUUAAUCACGUAUAGAAAUUCUCACCAUGCGUAGAAAUAAUUAUCAGUACGUGAGUCCUUUUAUUUUAAAUUAGGUUAGCUUUAGGGGUUCUCGUUUCAAGGAUUUUCAUUUCUAUGAGUCCUCUUUGAUAGGAAUUAUUAUAUUAAAUUGUCCUUGGCAAACUUUAA